CAAUAUUACUGUAUUUUGAUCAAAUAAAUGCAGCCUUGGUGAGCAAAGGAGACUUAAACCUUUCAAGAAGUUUAAUAAACAAAUGUCACGGGGACAAAAUAAAUAGUUUUAUGAGCGGUUCAUGUUUUUGUUCACAUUUAGGACUGUUUAGUUUUAGAAGAUUAUUUCUGCUAAAAUGUCUAAUGCUUAUCUAUUUAGAAUAAAUAAUAGAGAGCAUGUGUUGGUCAGUAUCGGUGAAGGAGAUAUUAAUCUUGUUAAAUAUUGUACGAUGCAAAUACAUUUUACUUUACGCUUCUGCAAUGUGACUUAAAUAUUGGUGUGGUUAUUUACUUAUAUUUUUAUACUGAAUUUGUUAUUUAACAAUUGACAAAACAGACUAUUUGAUAAUGCACACUGCUUCCUUUGGACAGAUUGUUUCUGGAAGAUUCUUCUCUUAACAUUUUGUUUUCUGCUUAUCACGGUAGUGUCAAUGUUCUGGGCCCUGUUCUUCAUACUUUGUGCAGUACAUCUGAUGUUAUAGUGAUCAUUCGUUUUUGAAAUGCACAUGUGGACUGAAUCGGUUGGGUUGAGAUCAUUCAAUACUGAAGUAUGAAGAACGGGGCCGUGGUCUGUUGUGAACGUCUGCUUUAACUCUCUGAUGUAUCACUGUAGGAACGGCAGGAGGCUGAAAAAAUGUUCAGAGGCAAACGAGGUGCUCAGCUUGCAAAGGAUAUUGCCAAGCAAACCAAAACGUUUACUCCAGGAGCAGCACUUCAGACUGAGAAGAAAACUGGGCCAUCGGCUGCAGAUGUUGAAGCCAUCAAGAAUGCUAUUGCUAAUGCCACGUCGCUGGCUGAAGUUGAGCGGCUGAAGGGACUCCUGCAGUCCGGACAGAUCCCGGGACGAGAGCUGAGAUCAGGAGCAUGUGACAUGGUGGAGGAAGAGGAGGAGGUCCAGGAGGAGAUGCAGGAGUCUGUGCCCAUGUAUGAGGACAUGCAGGGAGCGGAGGGACACAACCCAGACGGUGAUGACAUGCAGGAAGACAUGCAUAUGAGUGGAUCAUAGAUAUGUUCGCUCGUUGUUGAUGUUUCAGAUUCGUUCGUGCUUUUUGACACUGUGUUUGACAGCACUUGUUUCGUUUUUUUUUGUUGUUGUAAAUUUAAAGUACAUUAAACAUUUUUUUUAUUAACAAUGAUGUGAAUUGUUUUCCCCCUCUCUCUUUAUGUAUAUCUGAACGCGGUCAAGAAUUUUUUCUGUUUAUUUGCUGUUCUCUAAUAUUUUGUGAAGCAAAACUUGACCACCGUCAACGACUAGAAAUUAAAAUAUAUUCAUUCA